GUUUUAAAAAUACACUCGUUGCCUCCCUACAACAAUUUUCCCUCUUUUUCUAAAUAAAAACUAAAUAUGUUGCCAGGUUGGUGAUCUACGUCCUUGGCUAUCCACCAAUAAUAUCAUUUGUGCCCUACUGCACUUUCCCCAAACCCCUUUGUAUAAAUACGCACACACUGUCUUCUUCCAGAACACUCACUUUCACUUCAAUACGUCUCUUUCGCCUUUCUUCUUGCUCGAUCACAUUUCCUAGGGUUUACUUGUAUUUUGAUCCACACCAGCAAAACCCUAAAGAUGAGUACGGCCGCUACAACCAAAGGAGGCAGAGGCAAGCCAAAGUCCUCCAAAUCUGUCUCCAGGUCUUCCAAGGCCGGUCUCCAAUUUCCCGUCGGCCGAAUCGCCCGAUUCCUUAAGAACGGAAAGUAUGCCGAGAGAGUCGGUGCCGGUGCUCCAGUCUACCUUUCCGCCGUUCUUGAGUAUCUUGCCGCUGAGGUUUUGGAGCUAGCUGGAAACGCUGCAAGAGACAACAAGAAGAAUCGUAUCGUGCCAAGACAUAUACAACUCGCAGUGAGAAAUGACGAGGAGUUGAGCAAGCUUUUGGGGACUGUUACAAUUGCUAAUGGCGGUGUUUUGCCAAACAUUCACCAAACUCUCUUGCCUAAGAAAGUUGGGAAAGGAAAGGGUGAAUUUGGUUCUGCAUCACAAGAGUUUUAGGGUUUGAGGUCUUUGUAUGGUCUUACUUAGGACAUGGGCAUAAAUUGUUGUUUUUGAGGAUAAAGUCCUGUUUAAGAUGGCUCGUUUUGACCUUCUUGGAAUCAUGUAAACCCAAAUUCUGGGCAAAUUUUUUUUAAUGGUUUGAAUAUAGAACAAAUAUAUCAUUUUCGUCUCA